AUGGCGGACCCGGCGGAGUGCACCAUCAAAGUGAUGUGCCGUUUCAGGCCAUUGAAUAGUGCGGAGGUCAUGAGAGGCGAUAAAUAUAUCCCGAAGUUUCAAGGAGAUGACAGUGUGGUAAUUGGGGGGAAGCCGUAUAUAUUUGACCGUGUUUUCCAGUCCAGCACCACACAGGAGCAGGUGUAUAACGCCUGUGCUCAGAAGAUUGUUAAAGAUGUGCUUGAAGGAUACAACGGUACUAUAUUUGCCUAUGGACAGACCUCUUCUGGCAAAACGCACACCAUGGAGGGGAACCUGCAUGAUCCAGAUGCAAUGGGGAUAAUUCCAAGGAUUGUCCAGGACAUAUUUAACUAUAUUUAUUCCAUGGAUGAGAACCUGGAGUUUCAUAUCAAGGUGUCAUAUUUUGAGAUUUAUCUGGAUAAAAUCAGAGACUUGCUGGAUGUUUCUAAGACUAAUCUGUCAGUGCAUGAAGACAAGAACAGAGUCCCAUAUGUCAAGGGUUGCACUGAGCGGUUUGUCUGCAGUCCAGAAGAAGUGAUGGACACUAUUGAUGAGGGCAAAUCCAACAGACACGUGGCUGUCACAAAUAUGAAUGAACACAGCUCCAGGAGUCACAGUAUUUUCCUCAUCAACGUCAAGCAGGAGAACACUCAGACCGAGCAGAAACUCAGUGGCAAACUCUACCUGGUCGACUUGGCCGGCAGCGAGAAGGUCAGUAAGACGGGAGCUGAAGGAGCCGUGCUGGAUGAAGCCAAAAACAUCAACAAAUCCCUCUCAGCUCUGGGCAAUGUUAUCUCUGCACUGGCCGAGGCAACGACGUACGUUCCCUACAGAGACAGUAAGAUGACGAGGAUUCUGCAGGACUCUCUGGGAGGGAACUGCAGGACGACCAUCGUUAUCUGCUGCUCUCCUUCCUCUUUCAAUGAGGCUGAAACCAAAUCCACACUGCUGUUUGGACAGAGAGCAAAGACCAUUAAGAACACAGUGACCGUGAAUGUGGAGCUGACUGCUGAACAGUGGAAGAGCAAAUACGAGAAGGAGAAAGAGAAAAAUAAGACACUACGCAGCACCAUCACUUGGCUGGAGAACGAACUUAACCGCUGGAGAAAUGGUGAGACGGUACCCACUGAGGAGCAGUACGAUAAAGAGAAAGCCAACGCCGAAGUUCUCGCUCUGGACAACAUGGUGAAUAACGACAAGAUCGCUUCCACUCCCAACAUCCCCGGAGUCAAACUGACCGACGCAGAAAAAGAGAAAUGUGAAGCAGAGCUUGCCAAACUCUACAAACAGCUGGACGACAAGGAUGAUGAGAUUAAUCAGCAGUCUCAGCUGGCCGAGAAACUCAAGCAGCAGAUGCUAGAACAGGAGGAGCUGUUGGCGUCGACGCGGCGAGACCACGACAACCUGCAGGCUGAGCUGACUCGUCUGCAGCUGGAGAACGAGGCGUCAAAGGAGGAGGUUAAGGAGGUGCUUCAGGCUCUGGAAGAAUUAGCUGUCAACUAUGACCAGAAGAGUCAAGAGGUGGAAGACAAGACCAAAGAGUUUGAGACUCUCAGCGAGGAACUCAACCAGAAAUCUAGUAUUCUGGCCUCUAUAGACUCAGAGCUUCAGAAGUUAAAGGAGAUGACGAACCACCAGAAGAAGAGGGUUACAGAGAUGAUGUCCUCCCUUCUCAAAGACCUGGCAGAAAUUGGCAUCGCUGUAGGAAGCAAUGACCUCAAGCAGCAUGAGGGCAGUGGUGUGAUUGAUGAGGAGUUCACCGUGGCGAGGCUGUACAUCAGUAAACUCAAGUCGGAGGUCAAGACUCUGGUCAAGCGCAGUAAGCAGCUGGAGAGCGCUCAGGCCGACAGCAACAAGAAGAUGGACGAGAACGAGAAGGAGCUGGCCGCGUGCCAGCUGCGCAUCUCCCAGCAUGAGGCGAAGAUCAAGUCUUUGACGGAGUAUCUGCAGAAUGUGGAGCAGAAGAAGAGGCAGCUGGAGGAGAAUGUGGAUGCACUUAACGAGGAGCUUGUCAAACUCAGUGCUCAGGAGAAAGUUCAUGCUAUGGAGAAGGAGAAUGAGAUCCAGACAGCCAAUGAAGUUAAGGAGGCAGUGGAAAAACAAAUCCAGGGCCACAGAGAGGCCCAUCAGAAACAGAUCAGCAGCCUUAGAGAUGAACUGGACGUCAAAGAGAAACUCAUCACUGAACUACAGGAUUUGAAUCAGAAGAUCAUGCUGGAGCAGGAGCGUCUUAGAGUGGAGCAUGAGAAACUCAAAACCACUGACCAGGAGAAGAGCCGCAAACUCCACGAGCUCACGGUGAUGCAGGAUAGAAGGGAGCAGGCCAGACAGGACCUUAAAGGAUUAGAGGAGACAGUGGCAAAGGAGCUACAGACCCUUCACAACCUGAGGAAGCUGUUUGUGCAGGAUCUGGCCACAAGAGUCAAGAAGAGUGCUGAGAUGGACUCAGAUGACACUGGAGGCAGUGCUGCUCAGAAACAGAAGAUAUCUUUCCUGGAGAACAACCUGGAGCAGCUCACCAAAGUCCACAAACAGCUGGUGCGUGAUAAUGCAGAUCUGCGUUGCGAGCUGCCUAAACUGGAGAAGCGUCUGCGUGCGACGGCUGAGAGGGUGAAGGCUUUGGAGACGGCUCUGAAAGAGGCCAAAGAGAACGCCGCUCGUGACCGCAAGCGUUACCAACAGGAGGUGGACCGCAUCAAAGAGGCUGUCAGAGCCAAGAACAUGGCUCGCAGGGGACACUCUGCACAGAUAGCCAAACCCAUCAGGCCUGGCCAGCCCCCCGUGGCCUCCCCCACCCACCCCAACGUCAACCGCUCUGGAACCGGGCUCUUCCAGAAUAACCAGUCAGGCGGCAUCCGUGGAGGAGGUGCAGUCAAACAGGACAAGAAGUGA